CGUGCCUGGCUCAGUGGCAGUGACACCCAGGCCGCUGCAGUGCUGCCGCCCCGUGCCCCGUGUCCCCGUGUCCCUGCCAGCCCUGCGAGCAUCCCUGGCCAGGGCGGAAGCCUUGAGCGGGGCGCUGUGCCCGUGCCCGGCCCCUUGGCGGGGUGUGCGGGUGCCCGUGCCCGGCCCCUCGGCGGGGUGUGCGGGUGCCCGUGCCCGGCCCCUCGGCGGGGUGUGCGGGUGCCCGGCCCGGUGCCCGCCCCGGAGGGAGCGCGGCUCCCGCCCGCCGGGCCCGCCCCGCCGCUAAAGCCACGUGUCCGGGGCAGCGCCGGCCCCCGCCGCUGCCUCUGCCUGCGGGGCUCGGGCAGCGCCUGCCCGGGGCUCCUCGGGCCAGGGCAGGGCCUGGGCCCCUCGCAGGCACCUGCUGACAGACCCUGCCUCGCUCAGAGGACACGCAGCGUUCUCUCCCUGUUGCCCCCACAGUCCCUGCUGCUGUUCCUGGCUUCCCCUGGGUCUAAGCCGCGUUGCCCUUGGGGCCCCAGGCACCUUGUCAGCAGCUGGUGGAGUGCACAUUGAUAAUUAAUACCAGUCCAUGCAACAAAACAUGAAGACUAAAACCAAAGGGAAGAAACAAAAGCAAACAGUUGACAAAGAAGCAUUUUCUGAAGAGCCAGCAAUGAGAAAAAAGGAACUGGUGAAAUGUUUGCGACGCAAAGAAAGGAGGAGUGGGGGAAACAAGGAGAGCAGCAAGAGCCCCCCAGGCAGAGGCAAGCGUCCUUGGAGCAGUAAGGACAGGCUGCUGAGGAGACUGGAAAGCAACGAGCGUGAGAGGCAGAGGAUGCACAAGCUCAACAACGCCUUCCAGGCCCUGCGCGAGGUGAUCCCUCACGUGAGAGCCGAGAACAAGCUGUCCAAAAUAGAGACCCUCACGCUGGCCAAAAAUUACAUUAAAUCCUUGACCUCCAUUAUCCUCAAUAUGUCCAAUGGACACUUUCCAGCAGUGGAGGGGAUGGGGGGAGCCUGGGGAUCCAAACUGUACCAGCAUUAUCAACAGCAGCAUGGGGAGGAUGACCAUGAGGAACAUCUACAGAAAUAUUCCACAUAGAUUCAUAACUUCAGCCAAAGCAACAACUACUGUCAUUGUUUUUCAUUCCUAUAUCAUAAUGCAUGUCAUUACUAGAGGUUUAAAGAGAUUAUUUUUGCCUCCAGUCUCUCAUUUUUUUCCUUAAAAAGACAAACAGGUAAAACUCAUGGCUGCAGUUUAUAUGGCAUAUUAAAAAAUUGCCUUAAACCCUCAGAAUUUUUCAGAGCAUAAUGAAUGUGUUUGUGUGGUGUGCCAGGGUCUGGAAACCUAUCCUGUAACACUGGAGUUGACUUGAAAAUAGUGAUUUAAUAACUUCUGAAAAUUAGCCUGGAGUAGAGUGGAGUGAGUUGAGCCUUUUAAGGUCUGUGUUACUUGAGUUCCUUGGAGGUUGUUGAGAAUCUUGGUUGUAGUUCUGUUCACCAGCCUUUCAGUGACUCAUCUAAUGUGCUAAAGAGAAGAUUAAAAAUUGAUGACAGCAUUUGCCUGACUUGGUGACUGAAGUGUCACAUAUGGGAAAUUGGUCACCAAAUCUGAAUAUUUUUCUUGAUAUUUAACUUCUGUGGAUCUGCCCUGGUAAUUUUGAACCUUGCAAGGCAUAAAAACAUCUGUUGAUGCAAACAUCUGCAAAUCUUUCUUAGAUUGUAAGCUCUCUAGAGCAAGGACAGUUCUGAUCUGUGUUUCCAGAGCAUCUGGCCUCACAGAGAUUUUCUUUAGUGGGUGUCUGGGUGCCAUUGUAAUACAAACAACAAAUAAGGGACAAAUUACUUACUUUUGCCAAGACAAUGAUAAAAAUGCUUUAGUAAGUUAGACAAUGCUCUGGCCAGUUUAAAUUAUUUGCUAAUGAAGCCUGUGAUGUGAUCAGGGUCUUUCUGGGUUAGUGUUAGAUUCUGAUACUAUCAAACAAUAAAUGAAGCAGAAACUUUUCAAAAGGGAAAAUGAGCUUUUUUUUCCCCUCCCCCUAUCCCCUUCUGUGGUAAGAAGUUUUACAUCACUGAGGAACUCUCAUCUCCUCUUGUGUUCUCAUACCUGGGGCACCUGCAGCUGGAGUGGCCUCAGUUGGAAGUGUGGUGCCCAUGGAGCCCCCACUGUGUCACAGCUCCCCCUCCCCACAUGCCCCAUGGAGCAGGAGGGCACAGGAAACAUUUGGCACCUCGUGCAUCACUAGAAUUGAUACUGGUUUGUGGUGUGGCCCUUUUCCCAGGAGGAAUGGGGGCUGAGGAAGGAUUUAGCAGAUCAAUCACAAAGGAUUGUGCUGCACUGUGCAGUUUGGAAUGUGUCUGUAGUUUGCUGCAGCACAGCUGAGGGGAUGACAGUGUAACUCAGAGUGAAAGGUGAGGUUUCCCACACAGGCUGCUAAGGGAUGUGAAUUACCUUCCUCCACCACAGCAAUCCAUAGCUAUGAUGUAGAACACCAUUUUUAUCCUGCCUCAACCAGAAUUUUCGUAGUUGUUGAACUGUUUUCACAUUAUAAUAAAUGUGAUUAAGCCCUUCUUGUACUCAAGUGUUAAUGAAAGAAUUGCAGUCUCUUAGAGAUUUAGCUUGUCAUUACAGUGCUGGAUCUUACUCCAUUCACCAGCUGCCCCAUGUGGGUAAAUUAUUCCUCACUGUAUUUACAACUGAUUUCAAUGAGUCAGUCAGUAACACCAAGGUCUUUUCUUCCAGUUAUUCCACUCAGCACCUCCUCAGGUAAGAGAUGUUGAUGUUAUUUGGUUAUUUUCACCCUCUAGGUCAGUGCAAAUUGUGGCUCUGUGUGUCACACACUAAGUGAUGACCAAGCACUUGGAGAUUAUGGUAAAUUUUUGUAGGAUACUUUAAAGGUCAUUCUCUGAGAGUUUUCAGCUAGUAAACAUCCCUGGAAUGCUUCUGUGGGACAGUUACAUUUGAACUGCUGUUUGCAUUGUUGGAAAGAGAACCAGCAAGUUUAAAAUCCAAUCUUUUAACAGUGCUGUUGAUGAAGAAGUUUAAGAACCAAGCAUGUUGGUAUUGCUCCUGAACAUACAGAGUGGAAUGCUUGGGCAGUGUAUUUUUGACUUUCUGCAACCAGAGGCAUUUCAAAUAUUAAGCCCAAAAUGGCAUUUCACAUCUAACAAUAAAUACAGGAGGCAGGUGGAAGUUACCCCUUCUCUGCACACUGCCAUCCCUGAGGGACGGUCAGGCUUUGGACAGAGGCAUUUUUAUGGAAUUACAGCUGCUAGUUCCACGGUGGAACUUUGCUACAAAGUGCCAUGUUCUUGGAUGUGCCAAAAGGGAUUUUGUAAGAAGCGGUUUUUUCUGAUAAAUUACUU